AUGCGAUAUAUUAUUAACCGAUCUGGCACUGUAUCAUUAUUAACUGCUUCUUUCUUUGCUGGUUGUUUAACUGACAAAUAUAUACUGAAACGAGCUAAUGCUGCCACUGCUCAGUUGCCGGCAACUGCAGUGCAGCCUCACAUUUUAACCGGACCCACCUCAACCUUGGAUAUUGAUCAUGUAAAAGAGCAACCAUCUCGUGCAUCCCAAAUAAUGCGAUAUGGAUAUCCCGGUUUUGAUAACUUACGUACUUUCGAAGAUUAUGUUUUAUCGUACGACCGUCGAAAUAGAAUUGCUCAUUGGGUUGUUGAACAUCUAAGUUCAGAUAGGCUAGUGUAUAAUUCAUCUGGUAGUGGAUAUGAUCGUGGUCAUUUAGCUGCAGCUGGCAAUCAUCGGCGAUCACAAACUGCAAUCGAUCAAACUUUCUUGUUGAGUAAUAUGGCACCUCAAGUUGGAAAAGGAUUUAAUAGGGACAAAUGGAAUGAAUUGGAAAAACACGUCAGGAAGCUUGCAAGGAAGAACAAAAAUGUAUACGUUUGUACGGGUCCAUUAUUUUUGCCGAAAUUAGAACAAGAUGGCUCUUUGUACAUCAAGUAUAAAAUUGUUGGUCGAAAUAAUAUUGCUGUGCCGACACAUUUCUUUAAAGUUGUACUCGUGGAACUUAUGAAUGGCAAAUUCGAACUAGAAGCAUAUAUUUUGCCAAAUUCAGUAAUACCUGAUGAUAUACCUUUGACUUCUUUUAUGGUACCGUUGGAUAGUAUUGAGCGUUCUGCUGGAUUUCUAAUUUUUGAUAAAUUACCAAAGAAUGCUUUAAAUAAGAUUAAUGGAAAAUCAGGCAAUAUGUUAUGGUAA